AUGGUCGGCAGCGGCGUAGUGGCGUGGUGUCCCGGGGCGGCGCUGCUGGUGGCGGCUGGCGGGUGGCUGGGUGCAGCAGUCGGCGACGACAAAGUUGCCGGCGUGGUGGCUCGGGCCUCGGGGCGGUGCGGGUGGCGGGCGGCGCAGGUGGCUGCCGGCUCCGCGGCCGGUGGCGCGGCUUCCGGCUCCGCGCGGGCGGCGCUGGUGCGGGCGGCACUGGUGCCUGGACGCAGUGACGCGGCGGGAUGGGCGGCGCGAAUCUGGUGGCCGUGGGUGUCGAGAACCAGGUGGAAAGCGUUUUUUUUACGGUAG